AUGAGCAAUGGUGGCCCCCAGCUCCAGGAGCGGCUCUGUCAGCCGGGCGAGCCGGACAUUAGUAACGCCUGUAAGCCCUUUCACGUAGUACCGUCCCCGGGCCGAUCUCUGUGCGACAGGUGCCAGCGCUGAGCUGUCAGAGCGGCUCGGGGCGGGACCCUGGGCGGGCCUUGGCCGGGGAGAGGCGGCAGAGGCAUCCCGGGCCUCACAGGCCCCCCGGACAUUCAGAAAGGCAGAGCGCCGCCAUCAUCAUGGGGAACGUAGUGAGCGGCGGCAGCGGAGAUGAAGACGAUCCGGGAAUGGAGCAAGAAGACGCCGGGGCAGCUUGUUCACAGGAGUCUGGGACAUCUGGCACCGCACCAGGAGCAGCAGCACUGCCUGGGGUCCCCGGCCCGGUCUCUCCGCCACUGCUGCCGCCCUCGCCCGCGGUAUUGCUGGAGCAGGCCCGGCUGAGGGAGGCGGCUGCCCGGCUGAGGGAGGUAGGAGCCCCGGAGUCGGUGAUUUCCCGGCACCAGAGCGCCCUGCUCCGCUGGCUGGAGGAGAGGCUGAGCCGAGGUGACGAGACCGUGAGCCGGGAGCAGUUCAUUGAGAUGCUGGAGAGCAGGGCCAGCUCCCGGGAGGAGUGCGAGGAGGCUUUCGCUCAGUUUGAUGCCGAAGGAGAUGAGGUGGUGGACUUGGAGGGCAUGCUGGAAGCUGUCAAAGCCUCUAGUGGUGCCAAUCUUCAGGGAGAGCUGAGUCAUGUGAUCCGACAACUGCAAGCGUGCUCUCUCACUCCAGGAUUCAUAGACAUUUUCUCCAAAUCCAAAGAACGUCUCGGUUUACAUUCUUCAAAGACUCUCCGUUUCUUACACCGGAAUCGAGUCCCCAGUACAGUGAUCCCUUAUCCGAUACUGGAGUGCUGCAAUAAUAUUUGCACGAUGCGCUCUUCUGUCCUGAAGGACUACCUUGAUCAGCUGCUAAAGAAAGAGAAGGAGCGCCCUGCCGUUCUGGAUAUCAAAGAUGACUCCUUGAAAUACAAAACCAUUACAAAGUGCUAUAGUAACAUAGAAACAUCAUCCAAUUCUUCCGACAUUGAUAAGAUGACAAAUGGGGAAACUUCCUCUUACUGGCAGUCAGAUGGGAGUGCUCGCUCACACUGGAUUCGGUUAAGGUUAAAGCCAAAUGUCGUUCUGAGGCACCUGUCCAUCUCGGUGUGCGCUGCAGACCAGAGUUAUAUGCCCCAGCAAGUAGCUGUUGCUGUGGGUAGAAGUCCAAGCAAUCUCAUGGAAGUCCGAGAGGUUCACAUCCCCAGCCAUAUAACAGGCUUUGUAACAUUGCUAGAAAAUGGCAACAUUAAUCAGCCAUAUGUACAGAUAAAUAUAAAGCGCUGCCUAAGUGACGGUUGUGAUACCAGAAUCCAUGGCUUAAGGGCUACUGGUUAUCAGAAAGUUAAGAGGUCUGCAGUGUCCAUAUCAGAUGCUUCUGCAAUUUGGUAUUUGUCUCUCCUGACGUCACUUGUCACAACGUCCAUGGACACAAAUCCAGCCCUUGCCCAAGCCGUCCAACAACACACACGGAAAGCUUUGCAACAUAUGCCACCCUUGUCUUUAACACUCGGCACUGCUGAGUUCCCUAACUUCUUGUCUGCAAAUGUUUUGGAGGAGGUGAACAGCUUCCUGUUGAGGACAGCAAGCUGUUCGACCCCAGAUGUUGACUUGAACUUACUGGCUUUUGCUCUCGCAAGAGGUAACAUUGCCAAAGUGAUAACAUCUCUUUGCAACAUCCUGGAACGUAUGGAUCAAUCAUACAAAGCAUCAUCGCUCGUCUCUUCCAUGGAAUCGGUUAGAAUGAAUCUUCUUUAUAAAUAUGGGAGACAACUACAGUUUACUUUGAUUGCCUGUGAUGUCAAAGGCAAGGGUGAAAAAUCUGGACCAGAAAAUCUAUUGAUGGAACAGUGGACAGGCGACGGCUUUCUCACAGAGAAUGGAAAGACGAGGGCUAGCAUUAUCCUUUCGUCAGGAACAGAAUCAGCCUUCCAAGUUACACAGAUGAGGCUCAGAGUUCGAAGAGGUGCUAUUGGUGCCAAAUGUGGGUUGGUUUUUGCUUACAAUUCUACGGACAAAUUUCACGCUGAGGAACACUUCAAACGAUUUGAGAAAUAUGAUUCAUGGAAGCUAUCUGAAUUUAGACAGUUUGUCAAAGAAAGAACUAGCAAGUCAUGUCCAGAGUUGGAAGAACAUGACCCUGUAGCUUGGUUUGAAUUUGAAGAGGAAUGGGAUGAAGUGGAUAUCCAAAUGCCCCAAUGUAAAACUGCACAGUAUUGGAUGGUGAAGUUUCUGUGCACAAGGGAAGAAACAGCCGAGCGUCUCGGAGUCCAGGGUCUAAGUGCUUUUGGCUACAAAAGGCCACUGGAAGGAAAGGCCAGUAUAAAUGUGACGUGUCUCAAAUGUAAAGACGUGGCAGAGGACAGUGUGUGUGGAAUGACACUGAUUCUGAAAACCCUGCUGUUCAUCCAGCAGCUUGCACAUGAUAUCGAAAAAGACAACAGAGCACAGCCCAAGUCACUGCUUGACUUCUCGGGUCUGGAUUUGCAGCUCCUUUGGAUGUUUUAUAAGAAACUGCACAAAAAUCCGAGAGAGGAAUGUGUCUCUGCCCAGGCAAUUCUCCUGCAGUUGCUCCUGAGCUGUUCCAGUAUUCUGACUUCGGGGUCUACGGAUAAAGAUAAGGCUGACCAAAGCCAUGCUGCUCAGGAGCUGUACCAGCAUCUCUGUGAUGAACUGGACACGAUGAGCAGCACGUCUGUGUCUUCGAAAGCACUCAGAGAAGAAAUUUCCAACACGUUACUGAACGGUGCGGCUAUUUUCUUCCCCGAUAGCCGGACAAGACGUGAUCGGCUGUUCUCUUUGAUGAAAAGUAUUACAGAAGAAGUCCAGCCACAGUCAGCACACAUAACAUUCAAGUCACUGUGCUCUUAUUUCAGUGAGCAAGAUCCAAGUGGACUUUUAUUAUUACCAGAUAUGGCGGCCCCUGCAGAUUUUGACAUUGGUCAAGUUCAGUCUGUCAUGGAAAAACUUCUUCUGAUGGCCGAAAGGGAGUGCAAGUUAUUGGUUGCAGACAGUUCCCAGGGCGAAUGUGGACCUAUUCUGCAUUCGUUAUUUUGGGCAGUGCAAGGAAGCCUUUUGUCUUGGUGUUACUGUCAGCUGAAAGGGGAGGACUCCUUGUCUGUGCAAAAGGCCAGAGAUCUGCUCGUUAACUAUAUUGUCCUUUUUCUGUCAAACACUAGAACUAUCUUGGAACCUGUUCUCCAACACUGUAACAGAAAGGAGAUCAUUGAAAAACUGAGCACAUCUGUUUUUGCCAUAGCAACUCGUCAACUGAUGACCUUCUUGCUGGAGGUUUGCACCCUUGACAUUCCGCACCGAUUUCUGCUCCAGAUUUUUAGCACGCUAGCCGGUUUGUUAAAAAACCUUUGCGGUGAUCCGACGGAAGGUUCUAACAAGGAAGAGAUGGAUACUUGGAACCAGGUUCAGCAACCUGUGAUACUACAAACAUGGCAUCUUGAGUCCCCGCAUAACUAUGAGAACAACUGCCGUGAGAAAACGGUCUUCCUCUGCCCCGGGGCAACAUCUUUUGAGGUGGAAUUUGAUGACAAGUGUGAAACAGAAAGGAGGUAUGAUUAUCUGGAAUUUAUAGAUGCAAGAGGUGGCAAAAUUCGCUAUGACCACAAAGUAGACACAGAAAAAUGGCCAAAGAAAGUAACCUUUAAAUCCGGUCCACAACUUCAGUUUGAAUUCUUCUCAGACAGUAGCAAUAAUGAGUGGGGCUACAAGUUCACAGUUACUGCCUAUGGGCUUCCAGACAUAGCUUUGUCAUGGGCUUCAGAUAUACAGCUCCUUGUGGCUAGGCUCAUGGGACGUCUGGCAUCCAGGUGCAUGGCCUUAAGAUCCACAUGUGAACUAGGGCCAUUUGCUGAUUUGUCUGCUGCAAAAGUAGCUUCGGUUGUCACAUCUCCACUAUGGAAACCAGUAUUCAGGCACCAGAUGUGCACAGAGUCUGAACCAAAACUACCCGUUCAGGAUCCAGGAGGAAUAGAGGAGACUAAGAACUCUCAUGCAGAUGACUGUCGUAACUUUCUCCUUGACUUUGCAAACUCAGAUCCUACCCAGGAUUACUGUGGCCCUAACUCUGAGCUUUUCAAAGGACUCCUGCAGGCGUUUAGGAAACAAGCGACAAAGAAUGAUAUAGUAGGGGGUUCCGUGGUUGAUCAAGCAGUGAACUGCACCUUUGCUGCUCUGGUGUAUCUAACUCCAGAACUGUAUGGAAAACUGCAGAAGUAUGUGCUCAGUGGAGGAAAUCUUUCUUUAUCCGAAGAGUUUGCACAAGUCUUUGCCCUGGCUGAUGGUAUUAGGAUAUGGAUGCUAGAAAUGAAACAAAAGUCUCUUCAUGGCGGUGGAAGUGAAAAGCCUGGCACGGAUCUAGUGGAAGUGAAUCCAGAGACGUUAGCUAAGCAAUGCAUUGAGAAGAGUCUCUUGUUGUUGAAGUUUUUACCGCCAAGACCGAGGCUGUCCCCUGUGAGCUGCAGUUCAGCUGAUGACAGUGAUCUGAUACGCAGCCAAGAUAUGCGUAGGAAAAGCUCCAUCGUAGAAUCCGAUUUUCAAGCUGCCAGUUCCUCUCCAGAAAGCGUCUACCCUGUUGUCACAGGGAAAUUACCUGUCUCUGAACCUGGUCCUCCCAAAAAACAAGAGGCUGAUCUUUUCCGGUAUGAAACGCCACCAGGGAAUCAAAGCAAAACCUCCGAGAAGGCUGAGGAACCUUCUUCUCCACCUCCGACGCCAACACGCAAAGCGCCAUUUAACCGUGCAAGGCUCAGACUGCUCUCAUUCCGUUCAAUGGAAGAGGCAAAAGUGCUGCCAACCGUGAAAGAGAAAUAUCCCAUCUUAAGAAACAUCUUAGACUUCAUAAAGGAUACAACAAUUUCUCAUGAAAGCAUUUUACAGGUCCUGUCCCUGAGGAAAGCUCAAGCUGAAAGCAUCCUUAAGGUUCUGAAGAUAAUCCAGACUUGUCUGGGGACGUUGGGGCAACCCCACUUCUUCCAGCCUUCCUGUGUGCUCUUUCUAAUGGAGCUGCUCGCAUGUCAGAAGGACUUCACUACCUAUUUUGGUCACCUUGAAGGUUGUGGUGUGGAUCUGCACAAAGCCGUUCGAGAAGCCUACUACAGACUUGUCGCACUCCUGGUUAAUGCUGUUAAGAGUUUCCAUUGCAUUAAAGACAGGUAUGGAUUGUCUCUCCUCCCUGCUCUAUCAUGUGUGCAGGUUGCUCUCUUACAUAUGAUGGACAUGAGCUGGGAACCACAGGACAUCUCGUUUUUUGUCAGCAUUGAUCUCCCAGACCUUCUGUUAGCCAUGUCCCAAGAGAAUAUAAGCACCCAUGACAGUGUCGUAAGUCGGUGGGAAGAAAAAGAUGAGAGGGCAGAUUACAGACAGAACAUCUUAUGGUUGGAGGAGUGCAAAGAUGGCCUGUUUGAGACCUGGUAUGAAAAGCUGGAGCAAGCAGAACCAGACGUUAGGAGGAAGAUGCAUCUUUUUAUAGCUCGCUACUGUGACCUGCUUAAUGUGGAAAUCUCUUGUGACGGCUGUGACAAAAUUGCACCGUGGCAUCGCUACCGGUGCCUGCAGUGUAAUGAUAUGGAUCUGUGCAAAGCGUGCUUCUUGGGGGGUGUGAAGCCUGAAGGACACGAAGAUGACCACGAAAUGGUAAACAUGGAAUUUGCAUGCGACCAUUGCCAAGGACUUAUUAUUGGUCACAGAAUCCACUGCAACGUGUGUGAAGACUUUGACCUGUGUUAUGGGUGUUAUGUUGGCAUGAGGUACUCUGAAAGCCAUUUGCCCACUCACAGUGUCACGAUAUAUCCAACGGUAACGAGCAAAGUCAGUGACCGUCAGCGGCUAAUCCAGCCUUAUAUCCACAACUAUUCCUGGUUGCUCUUCACUGCUCUGGCUCUGUAUUCUUCAGACAUCGCCAGUGAAGGUGACAUGGACGGUGAGAAGCUGGAUCCCAGUGUCGUAUCUAGUGCUCGUGUUUUGCAAGCUAGUUGCACAGAUCUCGUUGCCAGCUGUUUGAUGAAAGCUCAGAAAGGAAAAGACCUCAGGACAUCUUCCUUACUCUCCGUAUGGACAAACGGUGACUCCAGCUUAGAAAACGAGGCAUCUUCUGUCAGCUCUUUCAGUGACAGCAUUGCGGAGAGUGAGAAGGAUUUACUCCCUCAUAAGGUCCCACAGCCCGGGGACAUCCCACAGAAGGCUGCUCUUUCACACACAAGUAAAGAUGCUGUUUCUGAACAAAGGACGGCGCAGACUGCAGAGCACAGCAUGGUUAAGGAACCUCAAACCAAAGACCUAUGCUCCGAGGGAGAACCUGACUUUCCGGACACGUAUUUGUUUGCAGGACAAAUGUCUAAUACGUACAUAGUUGACAAGGUCAUAACUCCAAGUCCAGAUCAAGUCUUUGCUGAGUGCUCCCAGGAGAGGAUUUUGGGACUCAUAGCUGCCAUGCUGCCUCCUAUGAAAUCAGACACAGUGGUUCCUAUUGUGAACCUUCAGCAAGUGUUGCCGUUGAUGUUCCAGGUUGUCCUUUCCAAUGCUGGGCACUUAAAUGAAUCAUACCAUUUAACCCUUGGUCUUCUGGGCCAGUUAAUUCUGAGGCUACCUCCUGCCGAGGUAGAUGACGCGGUUAGUAAGGUCCUGCCGUCGAAGCAGAGCAGCCCUGCUGAAGGUGAAGAGCUCAAGAGUUUGCCAGAAGGGUGGAUUACUACUCAGCUGCUGUUCAGCUUGGGGGCUGCUUGUCUUGACAGCAAAGUCGGCCUGGACUGGGCCUGCACAAUGUCAGAUAUUCUACGUGCGUUAAACGGUUCUUCAAAAUGGCACAAUGUGAUUGCAUCCUAUACCGACCACUGCAUGAAAGAACUGCCGCACCAGCUAAAAAACACCAACAUCUUUACAUUACUGGUGCUUGUUGGUUUCCCGGAGGUACUGUGUAUGGGAACACAGUCUGUAUAUAUGGACAAUGCCAAAGAGCCUCAUGAUGUCAUCAUACUGAAGCACUUUACCGAGAAGAACAGAGCUGUUGUUGUGGACAUAAAAACAAGAAAGCGAAAAACAGUAAAAGACUACCAGUUGACGCAUCACAAGGAUACUGAGAGCCAAGGCUUGCAGGAUCAGCUGAAGAAGUAUCUCGAACACUUUUCAUUCAUCUCAAGUUACCUUUUGCAAUCGGAUUUGGACAAUGGCAGCCCAGAAGCUGUGGAGGCUACUUGGGUUCUGUCACUCGCUCUAAAGGGAUUAUACAAAACACUUAAGAGUCAUGAUUUUGCAGAGCUCCAAAAUGCCUUCAUUCAGUCCGGUUUACUGAAAUUGUUGGUGAAAAAGUGCAGUAAAGGGACUGGCUUCAGUAAAACAUGGCUCCUUCGUGAUUUGGAGAUCUUAUCUAUCAUGCUGUACUCUUCAAAGAAGGACGUGAGUGUAUCUGAAAGGAAGGAUCAGGUGUCUGAAAAACCAGAAAAACAAGACCUCUGCAAAGAUGAAGACGUGUCUGGAGAACCCAGUUUGGAUCAGGGUGAGGUGAGACCAGAUCCAUUAGAUGGUCUCGAUGAAGCUACUAAAAUGUGUUUUCAGGUAAUUCAUGAAGGCCUCAAUGUACCUUUACACAUUCUGCGGGCAAUAUAUGAAAUGGGGAUGAAAAAUGCAGAUUCCUUCCUUCAAGAGGUCCACAAAAGGUUUGAUGAAAACACUGGUUUGAUGGAUGAGAAGGUAAAGAAGAUGGCACAAAAAUGGCAACCGUGCAAACUUUCAAGGUCUGAGGAGCCGAAUUUGAGUGUGACAGACACAGAUAUGAUUAUCCCACUCUGCAUGAUAAAACCAACACAAUGUGAAAAGGCAACAGAGGAGACAAACCCAGUCAGCCAAAAACUAAUUAUAACCAGUGAGAGCGACCUUCAACUCAGCUACGCCAGACAACGGCACACCAAGAGCUCUCUCCUGCUCCGCAAAGAGCUCGAUUCACGCAGCAAAAUAGCCGUGCGCGAUUACCUUUAUCAUGUCAACGAGGCAACAGCCGUGGUUUAUGCCCGGCAUGUACUGGCAUCCCUACUGGCUGAAUGGCCAGAUGGAGUCCCGCUAAAUGAAGAUAUCCUGGAACUGAGUGGAGCAGCCCAUAUUACAUAUAUAUUGAAUAUGCUAAUGCAUCUGGAGGAGAAGCAGCUGUGGGAAAAGAUCUUACAGAAAGUGCUUGGUGGCUGUAGCAGCAGUAUGCUGGGGACAGUAGCACUCACCGCCUGUCAGUUCAUGGAAGAGCCUGGGACAGCCGUUCAGGUCCGGGAGUCCAAACAUCCGUAUAACAACAAUACCAGCUUUGAGGAUAAGGUUCACAUACCUGGAGCAAUUUACCUCUCGGUCAAGUUUGACCCGCAAUGUAACACAGAAGAGGGCUGUGAUGAGCUGGUCAUCUCUAGCUCUUCUGACCUGAAACAAGACCUGCACAGAUUUAGCGGGCCACCCAAAAAGUGGAUAGACUUUGAGCUUCCAGGGGACACGCUGUUCUAUCGGUUUACAUCUGACAUGAGUUGCACUGAAUGGGGCUACAAAUUUACCGUGGCUGCUGGACACCGAGGGCGUUUUCAGACAGGAUUUGAAAUUAUAAAGCAGAUGCUGUCUGAUCAAAGAGUCAUCCCUCACCUUCCUCUGUCCAGCAUCUGGGAUUGGCAAGUUGGCGUAGCGUGUCGUCAGACUGGUCACCAGCGGCUGAAGGCGAUCCAUCUGUUGUUAAAGAUAUUGCAGCUUAAUCCUGUGAGGGUCUUUGAUCUGAAACUGUUAAAGCCGCUGUGGCCGAUAUUUACCCGUUUAGAGGAGACUACUUGUCAAGACACUGGCAGUAACGGAGUCCUCCUUCCCCUGCAUCGGGCGCUCACUGAGCUCUUUUUUAUUGCAGAGAACAGAGCAGAUGAGUCGGGCUGUUUGCAGGAUUAUCUCUUGGCUUUAACCACAGAAGAGCAGCUGUGUAAUUAUACGACACAGGCACUGAAAAACAUUGCUGCCAUAAGCUUUGCCAUGAACUAUCCAAACAAAUCAACAAGCGUCUGGACCGUGUGAUUUUAUGGUGAAUAAGUGUCAUGUAGCCUGGAAUCGAGUUCACAUUCAAGCUGAUGCAGCAUGCCGUAUGGAUUAUCACCUCGCUGUAAAUUAGCCCUGUGAAAGCACAUCGCAUCGGAAACGCGUCCCAAACUCCACCUGCUGCUUAACACGCGUGCACUAGUGAGCUUUAAAGACCAGAGACGUGACCGGUUUGACUUUAUUAUGGAGCGGUGGCCUUGUUUGGCCGCAAGCAAUUGAAGCGUUGGUUGGGUAUCUUCUGUUUCGAUUUACAGGUCUGAAGAAGAUUAGCGAGUCUUACAAAUGUAGGAAAACUGGGAAAAUAUUUUGUUCUGUGCAUUGAAAGUCCUUCAGAAGUAACUUUUAAAUCCUUUUUUUUUUUUUUUUGUUAAGGUCUAAUUUUAAAUCCCCUGAAAUAGUGUGUCAAUCAGUAGCGCCCCCUUGAUGUAUGCGUAUAUAUUGCCUUUGGCAUUGAUUGAUAACUUGACAAGUUUUGUCGCAGCUUUCUCGCAACCAACUCCCUGCAUACUGCUUUUGGAUUGGUUGAUUCACCACAAAAUGGGGUUAUCGAUAACGAGCAAUUCUGGCGCUGAAUGCGUGUGGAAAGUGAUCACCGGGUACACCAGUGGAAUAUUCCUGUUCGUUACUCAACUUCUGACUACUUGGCGUUUGUUUGUCUCUGUUUAUGAACGGGUGCAGAUAAACAGUGUCUCGACUUACCACACAGACA